AUGGCCGGGAGGGGAGGCUCCUCACGCGAGCUGCGCCAGCAGCAGCAGCGGUAUUCCCCUGCCAGCAGCUACGGCAGAGGCUACAGUGGUGGCGGCACCAGCCCGCAGGGCGUGAACGCUGGGUUUGGGGCGGCCAGCGGCAAGCUGUUUGGGCGUGGUGCAGAGGCGGUGUCAUUUGACAGAGACAAGGAGAAGGGGCUGUGGAAGCAGCAGCCACAGCCACAUCACAUGACGGCCAGGCCGCCGCCAGUCACGGCAGAGCACCUGCCCUCCAGCCCACCGCUGGGCAGGCCGCCGGUGUCAGUAGAGCGGCUGGAACGAGCCGGCUCCCUGGCAGAGCAAGAUAUGGAUGCGGCAGGGUCGAGGGCAGGAGCAGCAGGCAGCCCAGAGGCAGGGGAUGAGGCGGUGUUUGCAGUCGCUGCUUGUAGUCCAGGUGGUGGGCUUGCUAGCCGUGCCAGCAGUUCAGCCAGCAGCUGCAGCAGUGACUUGGGCUGGGCUGGCGUGCUGGCAGACGCGGCGGCAGCAGAGUCUUCUGCAGGCGGCGGCAGCAGCUUGGCCGCGGAGAAUAGCGGUGGCUCCGUCACGGGUGCAGGCAGUGCUCCGGGGUCUGGCAGCAUCGGCAGCCCAGCCAGCUCGGGGGAGCCUGCCUCCCCCUCUGGGUGCCGAACCUGGUGGCCAGUGUCGGAGGCCGCCCUGCAGUCGCCCGAGCUAGUGGCGGUGGUGCAGCAGACGGAGCCGGCGCUACUGCCGGGCGCUGCGCCACCUGUGCAGCUGUCCAUCCGGCUGGAAAGGAUGUCGCUGACUGAUCGGGAGGCUCAGAUGCUAGCUGAAUGGUGCUGCCAGGAGGCGUGCGGCACCGCAUCCGUCCGCAAGCUGUGGUUGUUUGACAACCGCCUGGGCGACGAGGGGGCUGUGCAGGUGGCCCGCAUCCUGGAGAAACACCCCGGCAUGGUGGAGGUGCAUUUGUCGCACAACCUGAUGACGCUGCAGGGGGCGGCCGUGCUGCUGGAAGCGCUGGCUGUGCCCAUUGCGGCAGCUGCAGAGCCAGCUGCUGGCAGCAACACCAGCAGUUGUAGCGCUGAACCUGAGGACGCAGGUGUGGAGGCACUCGGCUCGGAGGCAGCGGCAGGAGAGGGGGCAUCUGCUGCCGGUUUUGGCAGCAAUGGCGGCGCGCCUCCACCAGGCUCCCGCCGCCCUCUGUGGCUGCGCCUGGAGUGGAACCGAAUCUCGCUGGAGGGGCUGGUGCAGGUGCUGGAAGAGCUGCACAUGCGGCGGGGGCUGGUGGUUGACGUGCCCACCGCCAUUCGGCCCGAUGCAACCCCCUCGCUGCCCGAUCUGCCCCCCUACCUGCAAUCGGCGGCAGUGGCGACUCCCGCGGGCGCCGCUGCCGUGCCCGCUAGCCGCGGCUCGCGCAACGCGCUGCAGUUCCUGGUUCAGGCCUGCCAUGCCCGCCUGCCGUGGGUCAGCUGCCAGUACCAGCUCCCCUCGGAGGCGGCAGUCCUCAAGGCCGCACGUCGCGGCUGGAGCCAGCAGCGCCUGCAGCAGGCGCAGCCUGCCGCUGAUGCUGCGCCUGCUGCUUCCAGCAGCAGCCAGUCGACGGCCGAGAGUGUAGCAUCGCCGCUGCAGCCACCGCCACCACCUGCCAUGCCCGCCACCCCAGCGGGCAGCGGGCCGCUGCUGCUCUUCCCAGACACAUCCGCCCUGCUGCCCAUGCUGGGAGCAGGCGCCAACGUCUCCAUCCCCACCUUUCUCACUCUCGACCUGCUGGGCCAGCUGGCGCAGCAGGGGCGCUUUGGGCGCAGUCUACCCGCCCAUGAGCAGGUGUUCCUGGUGGUGACCGACUCGGUGCUGAAGCAGCUGGAUGGGCUGAAGAAUGACGGGGCGGUGCGCCCCGCGAUACGCCGCUUCCUGGGGCAGGGCCUGGACGCCUACGGCCCGGCUGGCGCCGACUUCCUGACUGUGCUGGGCUCCCACGAGGGCGAGGGGCUGGUUGUGGAGCACGACGCGGCGGUGGCGGGCAGCCGCAGCGUGGAUGUGGGGACCAAGGGGCAGCGGGCAGACCACAGGAUUGUUGAGGUGGCGCUCUUCUUCCAGCGGGAGGUUUGCGGCAGCGGCAGCAGCAGCAGCAGCGCUAUCGACGAGGUCUCCAGCACGAACGGCAGCGGCGGAGAGGGUGCCAGCAGCGCCGCAAACAGGCCGCUCACGGCUGCCUCCUUCCCCGUGCUGCUUUUGAGCGGCGACAACGCGCAGGGCCGGCUGCAGGCGGCGUUUGAGCGGCGGCAGCCGCUGACGGCCUCGCUGCUGCGCUCCUGCCUGGGGGCUGCGGCUGUUGCAGGCUUGGCCGAGAGGGCGGCGGUGCGUAGCCUCCAGUCUGAGUUUGACGACGUUGUGGCUGCACUGGAGGCUGCCACCGCUGCCCUGGCAGCCAGUCAGCAGCAGCUGGAGGCGGUGUCUGCGGUAGCUGCUGCUGGAGGGGUGGGCGAUGCUGAGCCAGCCAUGGCAGCAGUGCAGCGGGCGCUGGCGUCGCCGGUGGUAGACGGCGGUCUACAGCAGCUGGUGCCCGCGCUGCAGGCACGACUGGCUGACUGGCAAGGCCUGGUGCGCAGCCAUCAGGAUCCGUCCCGCCUGCGACGCUGGGCCAGCAACAGCGGCGGCGGCUGA